AUGAAAGUCUUUUUAAUAUUUUCAGUUAUAUCAAGUUUAUUACUUAUAAAUGCGUCAUCUAUAUCUUCAUUUAGCAGCCAGAUUGGUCAGGUAUAUAGAGAAUCUGGCGAUAGAAGUCAAGAUGAUCAAAAUAAUAGAACACGCACAAUGAGUGGUUUACCAAGAUCGAGCAAUGUUAGGAAGCCAACACCUUCAUUAUCCAAUUCAUCGAAGGUUGAUCUAAGAAAUAUGAACUUUUCACUUCCAUUACUUAAUUCAACAAUAGUUCUUCCAAAGCCCAUUUCUAAGAGGACAACUACAACUACAACUACAACUUCCAAAACAACAUCCGAGAAUAAGUCUAAAUCAAGUAGUCUACCUAUAACGGAACUUAUUGCUCGGGAACAAUCGCUUUUCUAUCCUAUAGGUAAUGGUAUUUCAUUCUUCCCACAUAAACCAGGUUACUUUAAUAUUCCACCAACAACUACAACUGUUACUACUACUACAACAACUGAUACUACUACUACGACUACUACAACUGAGAAUACUACAACUACUACAACAACUGAUACUACUACUACGACUACUACAACUGAGAGUACUACAACUACUACAACAACUGAUACUACUACAACUACAACACAACCUGGUAAUCAUAGAAAUGAUUUGGCAAAAUCUAAUUCAUUUUUCUAUCCUAUAAGAGGUGAUAGUACUUCAUUCUUCCCAUAUAAACCAGGUUACUACAAUAUUCCACCAACUACAACUACAACUGAUACUACUACCACAACAACAACAACUACUACGACACAACCUGGUAAUUAUAGAAAUGAUUUGGCAAGAUCCAAUUCAUUUUUCUAUCCUAUAAGAGGUGAUGGUACUUCAUUUUUCCCAUAUAAACCAGGUUACUACAAUAUUCCACCAACAACUACAACAACUGUUACUACAACUACAACUACUACAACUACUACAACUACUACUACAACAACUGAAAGUACAACUACUACUACAACAACUGAAAGUACAACUACUACUACGACACAACCUGGUAAUUAUAGAAAUGAUUUGGCAAGAUCCAAUUCAUUUUUCUAUCCUAUAAGAGGUGAUGGUACUUCAUUUUUCCCAUAUAAACCAGGUUACUACAAUAUUCCACCAACAACUACAACAACUGUUACUACAACUACAACUACUACAACUACUACAACUACUACUACAACAACUGAAAGUACAACUACUACUACAACAACUGAAAGUACAACUACUACUACAACAACUGAAAGUACAACUACUACUACAACACAACCUGGUAAUUAUAGAAAUGAUUUGGCAAAAUCCAAUUCAUUUUUCUAUCCUAUAAGAGGUGAUAGUACUUCAUUCUUCCCAUAUAAACCAGGUUACUACAAUAUUCCACCAACAACUACAACAACUGUUACUACUACUACAACUGAGACUACAACUACAACAGAACUAUCUAGUGCUUAUAAAAAUGAUUUGGCAAAAUCCAACUCAUUUUUCUAUCCUAUAAGAGGUGAUAGUACUUCAUUCUUCCCAUAUAAACCAGGUUACUACAAUAUUCCACCAACAACUACAACAACUGUUACUACUACUACAACUGAGACUACAACUACAACAGAACUAUCUAGUGCUUAUAAAAAUGAUUUGGCAAAAUCCAACUCAUUUUUCUAUCCUAUAAGAGGUGAUAGUACUUCAUUCUUCCCAUAUAAACCAGGUUACUACAAUAUUCCACCAACAACAACUACAACUGAUACUACUACUACAACAACUGAGAGUACUACAACUACUACAACUACUACGACACAACCUGGUAAUUAUAGAAGUGAUUUGGCAAGAUCCAAUUCAUUUUUCUAUCCUAUAGGAGCUGAUGGUACUUUAUUCUUCCCAUAUAAACCAGGUUACUACAAUAUUCCACCACUACGUCCACCACCACCUCUUCCAUCACUAACUACUACAACAACUGAAGGUACUACUACUACUACUACAACUGAAAGUACUACUACUACUACUACAACUGAAAGUACUACUACUACUACUACAACUGAAAGUACAACUACUACUACAACAACUGAAAGUACAACUACUACUACAACAACUGAAAGUACAACUACUACUACAACAACUGAAAGUACAACUACUACUACAACAACUGAAAGUACAACUACUACUACAACAACUGAAAGUACAACUACUACUACAACAACUGAAAGUACAACUACUACUACAACAACUGAAAGUACAACUACUACUACAACAACUGAAAGUACAACUACUACUACAACAACUGAAAGUACAACUACUACUACAACAACUGAAAGUACAACUACUACUACAACAACUGAAAGUACAACUACUACUACAACAACUGAAAGUACUACUACUACUACAACAACUGAAAGUACUACUACUACUACAACAACUGAAAGUACUACUACUACUACAACAACUGAAAGUACUACUACUACUACUACAACUGAAAGUACUACUACUACUACAACAACUGAAAGUACUACUACUACUACUACAACUGAAAGUACUACUACUACUACAACAACUGAAAGUACUACUACUACUACAACAACUGAAAGUACUACUACUACUACAACAACUGAAAGUACUACUACUACUACAACAACUGAAAGUACUACUACUACUACAACAACUGAAAGUACUACUACUACUACAACAACUGAAAGUACUACUACUACUACAACAACUGAAAGUACUACUACUACUACUACAACUGAAAGUACUACUACUACUACAACAACUGAAAGUACUACUACUACUACUACAACUGAAAGUACUACUACUACUACAACAACUGAAUGUACAACUACUACUACAACACAACCUGGUAAUUAUAGAAAUGAUUUGGCAAAAUCCAAUUCAUUUUUCUAUCCUAUAAGAGGUGAUAGUACUUCAUUCUUCCCAUAUAAACCAGGUUACUACAAUAUUCCACCAACAACUACAACAACUGUUACUACUGCUACAACUGAGACUACAACUACAACAGAACUACCUAAUGCUUAUAAAAAUGAUUUGGUAAAAUCCAAUUCACUUUUCUAUCCUAUAAGAGGUGAUGGUACUUCAUUUUUACCACAUAAACCAGGCUACUUCAAGAUUCUACCACCAUCAACAACUACAACAACUGCUAUUACUACAACCACAACUGAGAGUACAACUACAACGACUGACAGUAUAUCAGAAAUAUCUAAUGAUUUUGUGAGGAGUGACUCCUCAAAAUUACAAUCACUUCUUCAUCAAACUGGAGAAGGUAUACUAAGAGUACCAAUGAAGAUGGGACCUGGAAGAGGUCAGAUAACAACAACUACAGCUAUUACCUCUUCAGAUUCAGUGAAUUUAUCUAAAGGAACAAGACAGCAACCAAUUUUGUAUCCUAUAGGUUCUAACAGCACCUCUGGAGUUCCACUCCUUUCUGGAAAACUUGGUUCUAAAAGACUUACUACUACAACUACCAUUACACCUACAACGGUUAGUACUACUGUUCUGACUGAGACAACAAUUCAGCAGCGAAUAGAGAACUCAAGUGAUGGAGAUAAAUCAGGAAUACCCUAUUCACUUUAUCCUAUAUAUGGUGAAGGGAUGAAAUUAUUUUCUAUGAAGCCAGUUUAUGGAAGCCCACCAGUCACUACUACUACAACUGCUACUACUACCAGUAAUAUUAGAACAUCCACUGUUACAUAUACAUAUGGAACUAAUGGUAUUGUAGCAAAACCUCACAACUCAAUCAAAGUAAGAACUGGCCAUGAUGUGAAAGAAUAUGAGGUUCGUUCAAGGGAAGUUGGUUCACCUUCUCAAUACAACUCAUAUACAAUACUCCCAGUUAAUGGAAGUCAAGUUGUCCCCUGA